CACCGCUUCCUCCGGGACGCUGGCAGCUCAGUGGGCACAGAAGCCGGGACCAGACGCGGCGGCUGCGGCAGCGAUGGCAGGGAAAGAGUUGGAGCGAUGCCAACGGCAGGCGGAUGAGGUGACGGAAAUCAUGCUCAACAACUUUGACAAGGUCCUGGAGCGUGAUGGAAAGCUGGCAGAACUGGAGCAGCGUUCAGACCAACUCCUGGACAUGAGUUCAGCCUUCAGCAAGACAACCAAGUCCUUGGCCCAGAAGAAGCGCUGGGAGAACAUCCGCUGCCGGAUCUACUUGGGGCUGGUGGUGGCUGGUGGCCUGCUCAUCCUCCUGAUUGUGCUGCUGGCCAUCUUUCUACCACAGAGCAGUGGGGACAGUACUCCCCCACAGGCCCAAGACGCAGGCACAGUCUCAGGAACUGGGGAUUGACUCAGCUGGGCCUGAUGAGAAACCAAAUGUUCUGGUAUCCCAAGAGCUCUGCCAUUUGCUCCUGUCUGAGCCACCAUGUGAGAGACAAAGGGCAGCCCUGAUACAUGCACCUCUGUGUCUUCCAUCAUGCCAGAGACUGGCCCUCAGGGCAGCCUGCUGCACUGGCCAGGCCAGGCCAGCCCCACUUGGAGCUCAGUAAAAGCUGCUGUUUGGUUAAAAGCGUGUGUGUGUGUGUGUGUGUG